AGAUUCUAAUUGAACUUGAUGGUCCGGGAAAAGAGUGUUUUGGUGUUGACAGCCGAAGGCCGCAUUAAGUAUCAAUAUCUCUGAUAAAAAGUGGAUUUUUUAAUGUGAUAGAUUGUAUAUAAAGUGAAUAUUUUGAGAUAAGGACGCACCAUGGAUCUGCUGCACCCUAAUUUACUUACGAACGAACAAAUCGUGGGAAUACUGAAAGAAAGGCACCUGGACAUCUCGAAUAUCGCUGGAACGAGUCGAGAAGAACUGGUGAGACUAUACAAAAGUUUUAUCAUGCCACAGCCAUGUCGAAGGACGAAAGAACGGGGUAUUCCAGAAAAUGGAAACUCGAGCACAGAAGCAAAGGAUUGCCUGGACAGGGAUCAGGCUAAUGGUGAACGCAAACGAAAGCACAAUAGAAUCACCUUUUCAGAAGGUGACACAAAGUCCAAGGAAAUUUGCUAUAAGGUCAAAAGAACAGACGAUAAACCUGAAAUUUUGAAACAUAUUGAUACAGAAGUGACACAGAAAAGGCGGAUUUCUUCGGAGAAUUCCUCGCCACAGAAUCCUCAUACCAAGAGAAAAAAGAUCACCUGGCCUUAGAGAACAAGUCCGAAGUAUAAAAGUAUUUAUUUUAAGAAGUAUUGUAAAAAUAUGACAAGCUUAAAUAAAAAUCUGCAGGUCUGUAAAAGAAAAGUCGAUAUGAAAACG